AUGUGCAGCCGGGUUAUUGACAUGGUGUUCUGCCGAGAGGUCAGCUCAAGUGUGAGGGCGAGUCCGCUGGCCGCGACGGCGCUUCUAACCGCGGCCUCGGUGCGCGCAGGCCUGUGGACCGACCAUGGCAGUGGCAUCGGGGGCGGGCUGAGCAUGGUUGCCUCGACCGGCCCAAAGAAAGGAGGCGAAGCGCAGCAGCUGAUCGGAGAAUACCGUCGCCACCAUGCGGACUCCAAAAAGUCUGCCGCCCCCAUGGUACUACGCGACUUCUACGCAAGCAUAUUCUCGUGGCAGUUCAUUCGGUGCCCCGACUGGCGCACUGCCGACCUGUGUGGCUCCGCCUUAUGCAUGACAACCGCCAUUGACUAUGUAGGGACACGGGACGAUGCCGGCGGCGGAGGCUACGACGUCUACAUGGCGGCUGCAAGCGAGGGCGUCGCAUGCCUCGCGGGCAAGGCGGCGAAUCAGGCCCUGAGGGACUUGACGAUAGCAGACUCCUUCAUGGUGGCCAAGGAUGAAAUGACAGAGAGGGCCAUGGAAAUCCUCGACGUCGAUGAAUUCAUCCGGGUCAGCGGCGGUCCGGUGACGCCCAGCGAGUUCCUUCGAGCGCGCUGGUGGGACGCCGCCAUGGUGCCAUAUCAUCGUCUCAUCAUGAGUACCGAUGGCUACAGGCACCUGACAAACAGCCUCGGCACCUUCAGCUCUGUCCAUGCGUGCGGAAGAAUCAAGCGCGCCAUCGACAGCCUCAUCCGGUACAACGAGAUGGUCGACGUCGUGUCCGACUACUCCAACCACGAGUGCUUCAAUGAGUUGCUCGUGGCUCUGGCCGUGGACGGAAGCAGUGGUGCCCAUGGCUAUGCUCAUGCUGUUGCCCGGGUCACCGACGAUGUUCUGGCAUGUGGCUGCGGUGUCGACGGCCACGAAGAGGCUGCCGAGCUGGCCAUGGGCGGCUGUGUAUGGUACUUGCUAGUGCCACGAUAUAUAGCCCGAAAGCAGCUGUUCAGCUACGAAAACGCAGUGGAGGACGUGGUGCGAGAAGCCUAUGCAUGGCCGGCCCCUGGCACGCGGCUGAGAGCUGUUGCAGACGUCUCUCUUCAGGGGGGGGAGACUUUGCACACAGAGUCGUGGCAGCCCCUUUGGGGGGGGACCGACGCCUGGAGCCCCGACGCCCAUCAACCAGCCGUAAUCUCUGGGCUCGCGAGCAGAAUCGUCAGGAGAAGCCUGGUUGCCGGCCCAGGAUUAGACGCCAUGCAUGGCUUCGAGGCCGCGGCCAGGUCAGCCCUGGCCGACUGUGACCGAGCUGCCGGUCAGGAGGGCCUCGGCGCCUCGUCUGCGAAAUGGUGUCACUUACUCGAAACUUUGCUGGAGUCCGUCUCGGCCGGCGGGCCCGUCACGCGAACGCUGAGCUGCCUCUUCGACCGCAUUUGGCGACAUACCAUCGUCGGCCUCAACCACGACCUGCCGGACUCGGCCGACGGAGCCGACGAGCGGCUGUUCAUCGACGUAGAUCGAGCGAUCAGGCAGACAUAUCUCCUACCGUCUGCUAGGGGCGCAGCCGUGCGAAGGGUCUUUUUUGGCGUCACCUCGGGAGCCGUGGAGCUCAGCGGGCUCAGUCCCUAUGCUCGCUUGUGCGCCGGGGCCGCCCGCAUGCAGAGUCUCCGAGACACGCAUUUCUCGGAUCCCGUGUGGCACGAAGCCGCCGGGUCUGAUGAUGCAUAA